GAACGAUUGAGCUGGGGUUGUGGGAGACAGACUGCGGUGAAGAAUUCUGGCGGGUUUCGUCUCUGCUCCAAUCUAGGUAUCAGUAGGAUCCCACCAACGCAACGUUCGAAUUCGUCAUAUCGACGCCUUGUUUUUUCGAGAACAGAAAAAAACCUCGACGAUGGCUUCGAGUCUCAAGAACAAUAACAACAACAACACACUCGUCCCGAGCGUACCUAGAAUGUAUUCCGAAGUUCUUAGGAAUAAACCCGCGAUCUACUGGGACUAUGAGCAGAUGAAACUGAAAUACGGUAACCACGACGACUACGAGCUCGUGCGGAGACUCGGUCGCGGAAAAUACUCGGAAGUAUUCGGAGCAGUGCACGUGAAGACGGAAGCUGCUUGCGUGAUCAAAGUCCUGAAGGCUGUCAAGAAGAAGAAAAUCAAACGUGAAGUCAAAAUCCUUCAAAACCUCCGCGACGGCCCGAACAUCAUCAAGUUCUUCGAAGUCCUGAAAAACCCCGCAAGUGAAUAUACGGCCCUAGCAGUGGAGCUCGUCCACUGCGUUGACCAUAGAACACUCUAUCCCACUUUCGGGACGAGCGAUAUCCAAUAUUACAUGUUUCGGCUCCUGACAGCCCUCGAUUACGCACACUCUCACGGCAUCAUGCAUCGGGAUGUGAAGCCGCACAACGUUAUGAUUGAUCCCAAACGGAAAAUUUUGCGUUUAAUCGACUGGGGUUUAGCAGAAUUUUACCACACGUGCCAGGACUACAACGUCAAAGUCGCAUCGCGAUACUUCAAAGCACCUGAACUUCUCCUGGAUUAUGUUUACUAUGACUACUCGAUUGACAUGUGGUCGUUCGGCUGUAUGCUGGCCGCGAUAAUUUUUCGGAGAGAACCCUUCUUCCAAGGCGCCGACAAUAACGACCAGCUGGUGAAAAUCGUCAAGGUGCUCGGUAUACGCAAUUUGAGGAUCUACGCGAAGAAGUACAAUAUUCAUGUCGAUCCGGCUGUUCUGGAAUCGGUCGAACGCCGGCAAAAACGUGCUUGGGAAGACUUCGUCACUAAGUCGAACCACGACGUGGCAACGAAAGUCGCCAUCGAUCUCGUGGAUCGCCUGCUCUUGUAUGAUCAUUCUGAAAGGCUCACCGCGAGAGAGGCUCUACAACACGAGUAUUUCCUGAACGUACAGCCUCCCUCGCCGGACGAAACGAGCGCGCUCGAAGCUUCAACCUCAAAUCCCUGAUGACUGCUGCGGGGAGAUCAUACUGCAUCGUGGUUAGGGAGACUGGGGACUCUCAGAGAGUGUUCAGGUUGUAAUGACCGAGUAGAAUCGAACGAUAUAUCAUCUUUUAGGUUUUUCAAAGCUCGUGAAACGAUUCGAUUCAUGGGGGACUACCUAAUGUUUGCCAGACUGUGAUAAUCGGGAAUUGCCCGACCCUAUCGAAAUGUAUCCCUAUUUUUUUAUCGAUUCAUCCCAUGCGCCUUCGUCAAACGAGGAGCCCCGCAUUCCAAAGGCGAAUGCGUGGUCACGGAGCUCUCAUCGCC